GCUGUGAGAGCACCUGGAGGCCUCUAGGCAAGCGAGUGGUCAUCCAAAAGGACUUCUUUUUCCCUAAUCAAAAGUCAGUAUGGGGGCCGGGGCGAGCGCCGAGGAAAAACACUCCAGGGAGCUUGAGAAAAAGCUGAAAGAGGACGCAGACAAAGAUGCCAGGACCGUCAAACUUCUGCUGCUAGGUGCUGGUGAGUCGGGGAAAAGCACAAUUGUCAAACAGAUGAAAAUUAUUCACAAAGAUGGUUACUCCCUUGAAGAGUGCUUGGAGUUCAUUGUCAUCAUCUACAGCAACACCAUGCAGUCCAUUCUGGCCGUUGUGAGGGCCAUGACCACACUCAACAUUGGCUAUGGAGACGCUGCCGCACAGGAUGAUGCAAGGAAGCUGAUGCAUUUAGCAGAUACUAUUGAAGAGGGCACCAUGCCAAAAGAGCUGUCGGACAUUAUCCUGAGGUUGUGGAAGGAUUCAGGCAUCCAGGCGUGCUUCGACAGAGCCUCAGAAUACCAGCUCAACGACUCUGCUGGAUAUUAUCUAAAUGACCUGGAGAGGUUGAUCCAGCCCGGCUAUGUCCCUACUGAACAGGACGUCCUGCGUUCAAGAGUGAAGACCACAGGUAUCAUCGAGACCCAGUUCUCUUUCAAAGACCUCAACUUCAGGAUGUUUGAUGUGGGUGGUCAGCGCUCAGAGAGGAAGAAGUGGAUUCACUGCUUUGAAGGUGUGACCUGUAUCAUCUUCAUCGCUGCUCUGAGUGCAUACGACAUGGUGCUGGUGGAGGAUGAUGAAGUGAACCGAAUGCAUGAGAGUCUUCACCUGUUCAACAGUAUCUGCAACCACCGUUACUUCGCCACCACAUCUAUUGUGCUUUUCCUGAACAAGAAGGAUGUGUUCGUGGAGAAGAUCAAGAAAGCACAUCUGAGCAUGUGCUUCCCUGAAUAUGACGGUCCCAACACCUUCGAAGAUGCUGGCAACUACAUCAAGGUGCAGUUCUUAGAUCUGAACCUGCGACGAGAUAUCAAAGAAAUCUACUCCCACAUGACCUGCGCCACAGACACAGAGAACGUCAAGUUUGUGUUCGAUGCCGUAACAGACAUCAUCAUCAAGGAGAAUCUCAAAGACUGCGGUCUCUUCUAAACAACACACUUUUUACAAGAGAUUGGCUGAAUCAACAAAACCCAAUGCUUUGCUCCUUGUAGCUCGUUUCCUCCCUGGGUAACAUACAGUUUCAUGAGGGAAUUGAUUACACGUGGAAGAAGAAAUUCUAUUACUGCUGUUGGGAUCUACAUUUGACUGCAUGUAAUUUAACACCAGAGCCAUCACAAAUUAUACACAAGAACACAUGCAGCAUCACCCUGUUUGAAAGAACUGGCUCUGAAGCGAGAAGUUUAUAAGCUGUGUUUUGGAUCUGUUAGUAUUUCGCAGUGAUCUGUCCUGUAGAUUUGCAACUACACUACAUGCAGCUGCAAACCAAAUGACUAACCAAAUGAAUCACCUGCAUAUGCACUUCAGCAGAAGUACUUUAAGAAGAUUAUAUCAGUUAUACAUUAUAGCAGUGACUAACUGUGCAAAGUUCAUGUUUUCAAGCCGAUUAAGAAAAGACUUUACUGGCAUACACUUCUGUUAUUUUACAGAGGAGUUAUGUCAUGUAAUGUCCUGUGAUUGUCUAUGUGAGGUGGAUGACUGAUGAGAAGAUAGCAUGUAAUAAUAUUUGCUUAGAUCAGGAGCACAGUUAGCAAGCUGAGAGACAAUGAACACAAUGUUUGAGUGCAUUGAUUAAACUACAACAUCAAACACUGAUUAAAAAUGCCUAAUUGACUGCAAAACCAUGAACAAUCAUGUACAUGUAAAUUAAAACAAUAAAGCUUAUGUAGAAAAGACUGAACCU